CGCCUCUCCCGCCCCAUGGCCUCCCACGACAGCGAUGCCAUCUCCUGGUACCAGAAGAAGGUGGGCGCCUACGACCAGCAGAUAUGGGAGAAGUCCAUCGAGCAGACGGAGAUGAAGGGCCUCAAGAGCAAGCCCAGGAAGAAGGGCCACAUCCAGCCUGACCUCAUCGACGUCGAUCUCAUUCGGGGCUCCACCUUUGCCAAAGCUAAGCCUGAAAUCCCGUGGACAUCCCUAACUAGGAAAGGAAUUGUGAGGGUUGUGUUUUUCCCAUUGUUCAGCCAGUGGUGGAUACAGGUUACCUCGCAGCGUAUUUUUACGUGGCUUCUGGUGCUCUACCUUAUGCAAGUGAUAGCAGUUGUGUUGUAUUUCAUGAUGCCUGUUGUGAGUGCGAGUGAAGUCAUGGGACCCAUGUGCCUCAUGCUGCUGAUGGGGACUGUUCACUGUCAGAUAGUGUCCACGCAGAUGAAUAGGCCCUCGGGGAGCAACGGACUCAGCAGGCGGCGGAGGAAAUUACGCAAAUCUGUGGGUGUUGAUGGGAACAGUUGGCCUUCUCCUGACAAAGCCAGUAAAGAAGAGCAAUCAGAAUCUGCAUCCAUUCUUGAUAAUUUAUUUGGCACACUCUUCCGAAGGAGAAUCGGAAGAGUAAAGAUGGUGGCUGAAAAGGGGACUGAGACAGAAAAUGAUGCAAGUGCUGUGAAUAAUGGCAUUAGACACACCAGAUCUGAACACAGGCUGCUGCCCUUCAAAGAGAAAAAUAAACUUUCCGAUGGAGAAAAGAGUCAUCAGGACGGGUGCACCAACAUAGGUGGUAUUUCUGAUGAACUUUCAAGUGAGGAGGAUGCUGAGGCGAUGGCACAGAGGAGUUUGUUACGCCAGAGUGUGGAUGGGGCCUCCAGUGACAAUAGCUAUGAAGAUAAUAAGAAGAGACCAGUUGUUUCUCUGAACCAGGCUGUUUCACAGGUCAAACAAGCUCUUAAAGGCGCCAGAGACUCUGACAGCGUUGUGGAAUCUGAGCUAGAGUCCACAUUAUAUAGUCAGGACUCAAGGUCCUGCAUCAAUGCAGGAUCCCGGAGCUGCAGCGUGACGCGGAGAGACUCUGAAAGCACCCGCCACGACUCUGAGACAGAAGACAUGCUGUGGGACGAUCUGCUGCACGGGCCAGAGUGCCGCUCCUCCUGCACCAGCGACAGCGAGGAGGUGACUGUGCGAGGGGCAAGGCGUGACCUGAAGGAAGAUGUUUUCCAGCAGAACCAUUUGUUUUGGCUACAGAAUACAAGUCCAGCAUCUGCAAAAGUGAGUGCACUGAUCUGGGAAGGAAAUGAGUGUAAGAAGGUGGACAUGUCUGUGCUUGAGAUCAGUGGGAUUAUCAUGAGCAGGGUUAAUGCCUACCAGCAGGGAGUAGGGUAUCAAAUGCUGGGCAAUAUCAUCACCAUUGGAUUAGCAUUCCUGCCAUUCCUCUACAGACUGUUUCACACAGAUAACCUGGAGCAGCUGUGCUCCAUUUCUGUGAAGGAGCUUCUGCACAUCUUCUGUGGAGCACCUGCUAGCAUUCCUGUCAUUGUUCUGUCUGCUAUCAACUUCCUUGAGCGACUUUGCUUAACCUGGAUGUUCUUCUUCAUGAUGUGUGUUGCUGAGAGAACAUACAAACAGAGGUUUUUGUUUGCCAAACUUUUUAGUCACAUUACAUCAGCUCGGAAAGCCAGGAAAUAUGAAAUCCCUCAUUUCAGACUCAAGAAAGUAGAAAACAUUAAGAUCUGGUUAUCCCUUCGUUCUUAUCUAAAGCGGCGAGGCCCCCAGCGAUCUGUGGAUGUUGUUGUAUCCUCAAUCUUUUUGCUGGCCCUUUCAAUUGCUUUUAUAUGCUGUGCCCAGGUUCUUAAGGGUCACAAAACAUUUCUAAAUGCAGCUUACAACUGGGAGUUCCUCAUCUGGGAGGCAGCACUUCUUCUCUUUCUACUGCGCUUAGCAUCUUUGGGCUCUGAAACCAACAAGAAGUACAGUAAUAUCUCAAUCCUGCUCACUGAGCAGAUAAACUUGUAUCUAAAGAUGGAGAAGAAGCCAAACAAGAAAGAACAGCUGUCGCUAGUCAACAAUGUUUUGAAACUAUCUACAAAACUGCUGAAGGAAUUAGAUACACCAUUUAGGCUGUAUGGACUGACCAUGAAUCCAUUGAUCUACAACAUAACACGUGUUGUGAUACUGUCUGCUGUCUCAGGUGUUAUAAGUGAUCUUCUAGGAUUCAAUAUCAGGUUAUGGAAAAUUAAACCAUGAACUGAGCACCAUCAGCAGAGAAGAUAGAUAACCACCUGCUUGGGCAAAAGGCAGAGAUGCUCAAAUUAUGGAAAUCUGUAAUUACGACUUCUUCAGCAGAGUCAAUGCUUCUUCAGAACUCUUCUCAGAUCAAGUCAUCCACAGAUGUAUUUAUCUAACUGUGCUGAAGAAUAUUUUGUUACUUAAAAGCUCAGUGUGCUUUAGGCUUUGCAUCUAUAUCCUGAGCCACUAACGGAUACAGUGAAGAAAUUAAAUCUGCACAAGAUAAACAUUUUUUCCAUGAUGACAAUUAAGCUUGCAGCUGCAUAGCAGCAGUUUAUGGUAUGUCUUCUGAAAAUAAAUGGUAUCACUUUGAAAAAUGUUAGUUAAAUGAAAACAAUCCUACAACAGAGAUUACAAGUAAAGCAUCUAUCAAAUAGAGAAUCCUGCUGUGUUCAUUCCCUGCAACUCCUCUGCUGUGUUCCUGCUGAUGAUGCUUCCUAGGUUUUUCCCUUCGGGGCAGGUACAAAAGGCCUCACCCUGUGGGAACCUCUUCUGGCACCCAGCCUCACUGCCUGUUCCGGAAAGCGGCUGGAGCUUUGCACUGCCACGUGCCUUCCAGUGCCAAGCCCAAGGACAGAGCUGCUGUGAGCUCCGUGACAGCACGGGGAUUUUCUCCCUUGAAAAGUACAUGAUUAUUGUAGA